AUAUGCUGCUGCACCACAUGAAGUACGGACUAACUGGGAAAAGUUUACCAAAGAUUACUUCCUCAACCGAGAGACACUGGUGUCUGUGCUUCUCCUUAUAGAUGCUAGCAUCCCUGCAAAAAAGAUUGACCUUGAAUAUGCCAGUUGGCUUGGCCAAAAUCAGAUUCCAAUGACACUAAUUUUCACAAAGUGCGACAAGCGCAAGAAGAAAAGGAAUGGAGGUAAGAGACCUGAAGAAAAUGUUGAAGACUUUCAAAACUUGAUACGUGAAUUUUUUCAGGCAGCACCACCAUGGAUCAUGACCAGCAGUGUUACCAACCAAGGUCGGGAUGAGAUACUUUUGCAUAUAGCUCAGCUCAGGAACUAUUGGCUAAAACAUUAGAAGAUGAUCAGAUCACAGUCAAAGAAAAGGGACGAUUUAGUAUAAAUCUCCUGUGGGUCCCUCAUCAGUGAUGGAUCUAACAACAGAAUCUUUGCCAUUAUGAUGCCUGGAACAUCAUCAGCUUGAUUGCUAUGACUGCUUGACUUGGUUUUCCUAGGGAAUCAAGGAUCUAGUGGCUGGCAACAAGGCCUGCUAAAGAAACCUUUCAUAACACUAACUAGUUAUUACCCUGUCUGUACCAACAUCAUAUAAUCGUGGACUUGUUAAUAGCCAGUUUUUGAGCUUUCAAUUGGAUCAGGCAUUGGAGUGUUGAGUCUAUAUUUGCAAUUUCAUGUAGAAUAACACCCAUGUAUCUAGCAAGCAACCUAUUUUGCCUUCGGUAAAGCCUAUCAUCAAAGCAAAAGCUCUUAUUUAAUACUUUCGUUU